UUGACAAAGUCAAAACACGCUAACGUAAGUGGCAUCCCAUAACAUAAAGUCAUAAACCCUCUCAGCUCCGUUUACAUGUUACGGUUUUUUCCUAUAACUGAACUCAUAUAAAUAGAACGCAACCCCUCCUGGUUCCAACAAUUUGAUUCGACACAAUGGAGAAAGAGAAACAUCAUUCUAAUCUGAAGAGCAGGAUCUUGAAGAUACUGCCAAAAGCGGCGGCGGUGACAUUCCAGAACCCUCCCUUCAGCCCAGGAAGGGAUCACAAAUUCAAAUCCAACGGCGGCAAGGGCUUCUUCUCAGGCCCGAUGAUCCCCGAUGAAGCUAGAAGAAAGCCCAGGCACGGAGGCGUUGAAACCCAGGAGCCCACAUCGCCCAAAAUCUCCUGCAUGGGCCAGAUCAAGCACAAGAAGAAGCGCGUCACGAAAGGAAGCGCCAACACCGUGUUGAUUCCCCCACGCGCCCGAGACUCCACUCCCACAGAGGAAAAGAAGCAGCCUUCGAAGCUUCAGAGGAUGUUUUUCCACACGGGGAAGCCCAAACCUGCGGGAAGGAAAAAAUCUGUUGCGGUCACGGACACGGCGCCGCCGCUGGGCCACAUGCGGCGAUUCGCGAGUGGGCGCGAGACUUUUUCCAAUUUUGAUUGGAAGGCUCAGAUUGCGCCGGAGGAAAGGGACUGCUAUUCGGACUACGAUGAUAGAGUGGAGAGCGAUGCAGAGGAUGAAAUCUUGAUCCCUUUCUCUGCUCCUAUUAUGGUUGGUGGUGGUGGUGGUGGUGGUUGUGCAGCGAGUGUGCCUAAUGUGCAACCCCGGAAAGAGAUUAAUUUAUGGAAAAGAAGAACCAUGGCACCACCUAGGCCUCUUCAGUUGAACCCCGUGCUCACUGCCAAAUGAUUCUUUUCUCAUUCAAAUUCGUACGUUUCUUCAUAUAAUUGCAGAUAAGUUGUUGAAAUUGCAAACAAAUAUCUUCACAACUCUGUUUUUGAUUUUUUGUUUCUUUCCCAUGUAUAGAAAAAAUAUGGUAAUCAUAAAUCAUGGUUAAUUUACCCAUCACGAUUGAUUUGAUCUAUCCGAGUCGAUUAGUAUUUUUUUUAUAUUUUGUACCAAGAAAAAAAGAAUUUAUAAUCAUGUAGUUGUACGUAACAAUUAAAAUAUGAACUGAAGAAAUUGAAUUUUGGCGUUUAGAUUUAGAUGGUUGAGAUUGGAACGAGGUUACUUCAAUGGAAGUGAUUAAUUUGUGAAUGAGUUCGAGAUGACGUGGAUGGUAGAAAUAAAAUUAGUCCAAUGCGCGUAAGCAUUGGAAAGCAACGAGGAUGUGGUUGGUGAGGAGAGUGCAUUUUCUUGAAGAUGUCCACCGACACUUUUAGAUAUAAGUUGGCGUGCUUAAAAUUAAUUAACAAUUUUUUAAUGGUGCUUAUUCAAGUGAGUUUAAAGUACUUUUUAUUAUUAGGAAAAUACAAAUCAGUGUGUUAGUGUGUUGGUUAAGGAAUAAAAAUAAAAUUAAUGAAAAAUGUAUAGGUGUAACUUAAUUUUAGUUUUUAAUAAAGAUUUUCUGCUUAUUA